AUUAUCAUCCAAUACCCAAUUGAAAUUUCAAACCUCAAACCAAAAAUGAAUGGCAUUCACUGUUGCUAUUAAGUUAUGAUGAAGCAAAACUCCAUGGCCAUCAAUCUCAGCACUGCUGUUUCUCUUCACUCAAAGCCUUCCUUUCUCACCCCCAAACAUAACAACCACAUCAAAUUCUACCAUUCUUCUUCUUUAAGCAGAACAUGUGCUCAAUCACAAGGGACUGACACUGGACUUACAGAGGAGGAUUCUUCUUCUGGAUCAUUAUCUUCUUCUCGUGCACAGCUGGAUCUUUUGGAGCAACUUACAUCUACAAGCUCACCCAUUAGUGGUUAUGAAAAUGAUGGCAGCUCUCGGAAACUUACAAUCCGCGAGCAGCUUGCACAGUUGGUUGGAGAAAGGGAUGAUGAUUUCAGCCUACCCCUUGGUAAAAACUUGAAGAAAGUGAGUGCAAAGUUCUUGACCAUUUCACAAAGGAGAAAUAUUAAGAGACAAGCUUACCUGAACGAAGUUUCUCAAAGGAAUGAUUCUGUGUUCUUUGCAACCAUAGGAGCAUUUGUGAUUCUUCCACCUUUUAUAAUACUAGGAAUUGCUAUAUUAACCGGUUAUGUACAGCUUUUUCCUUGAAAUAUGAUAUAAUUAAUGAUACUCAAUAGAAUUUCUUAGCUCAUUACUUAUUUUCUCCCCUUGUAUUGGUUGUUUGGAGUUUCACUGUAUUAAUUGUCAAGAACCAAUUCAACCCAAAAAUCUAUCUGUUUAGAAGUCAGGGUCUGUGAUCGCAAGGCAUUGAUUCAUCUUCCUUAAUAAGACUCGGUCUUCAAUGCCUUCUCCUCGUCAUCUGAACAAAAUUCUUAAUAAGUGGGAGUCAGUAGUUCAUUGUCCAAAACCACUCCUCGGUUCUUUAUGUAGACCC